UUACAAACACGAAUCCGGAGUAAGGAGUCUUUUUCCUGGGUAUGUAACAGCUGCUUAAACUAAAUUAUUAUUAUUAUUUUCGUGUUAUAGCGAGCGGAUGACACGCGCUGUGGAUCGGGGGGUGUUGUGAAGCCUCUGGCGCCUUUUCUGUCUUUAAAUGGAUAGGUGGGGGCUUUUCUAGUGCUGGUAAACGGCUACACAAGAAUGGCCAAAGACAUAACAUGGUAAAUGGAUAAAUGUUGGGGUCGUCAUUUUGUCGGCUGCUAGACAGUCAGUCCCCGGGGCUGUGUGCGUGUAAUCGGAGGCAUCCCGCGGUGUGGAAGUGCAAACAUUUUGUCUGCAGCGUUGUGUGAGCAUGUAACGCUAAUGGAUCUGUAGGGGGGAGGGAGGGAGUUGUUGUGGUGAGGCAGGUUAGACAUUUUACUCCCGAUUGCUGAAGUAAACAAAGAAUAGGCUCGGAUUUGUUAACAACUCGGUCGUCCGGUUCGCUGGAAGAACCACGGCUGCGUGUUUUCGCGGAGGGGGGAAUGGCGUGGUACCGCCGUGUUUCCAACACCGCGUCGCCGCCGUAGUUCCCGUUUCGUUUGACUUUGGCAUUGUUUAGUAAGGGCAACUGGAUCAGCUCUUUGCCGCCCAGGAAAGAUGCAGUGUUCGCUCGCACAGGCCCCGUUUCUCGAUCAUGCAAAGAGUUAGCUCCCCACAGCUGAUGCGUUUAGGUGCCAUGAGCCUUUUGUUUGGAGAGUGCACGUCGACUGAGUGGAUGAUCCUCCCGACCGAGUGUGUCGGUGUUGUGGGGAUCUCUUCAGCCCCGCACUGCGUUGUCUUGCAUGCUUUUGCACUAACUCGACCAGAAAUCACACUUUAUUCACGCGUUGAAAACCCACCCUUAGACAGCCAGGAGCUGGCGUCGUGUGUUGCGCAAAGGUGUGCGUAAUUUUGAAGGGGAAACCAGUCGAGAGUGGAGUACUAUGCGUGUGUGCGUGAGGAUAUGUGUGUGUGUGAGUGUGUGCUGCUGCAGCCCACGGUCGCUGCUCGCUGCUGAAUCCUCCGCCUCGGCUGGAGGGAGGAAUCCCGGGCUGGUGUUGCAGCUCCGCCUGUCGUGGGCGAGGGUUUAUUUUGGAAGUUCCACCUUUUUGGGAUUUGCAAUGACGGUUGUAUGUAAUCAUUGGCUGAAAUGUCCACAAAGGGGCGGGGCGCAUAAGUGAGGGCAGACCCCCUCCUAUACGGCGUCACGUGUCUGUAACUCCAGGAAGUAUCUGGUCCUGUAGAAGGCUGGAAGUGGAUGGAUGGAGGGGAAAACUGAACUCAAAGUGUGCUCAAAUAAAGUACCUGGUUGUAUGGAUUUAAUCUGAAUUCAGUUAACCUGGAUUAAGUGGAAUUUAAAUUUACAGUUGGUGUUUUAGUGGAUGGAUUACCUGUGCCUAAAGACAUAUUCCAGCAUGCUUUAAAGGGGGUAUUAUACUAUUUUUUAAAGGUUAUUAACUGUCUGCCUGGAGGCUUUUUAGCAGCUUUACAUGAUUGACAGCCCCCAAAUUCCCUCACUUAUCUCAGAUUGGCUUCUCAUUUCAGCCUCUGUCUGGAAUGCUGAAUAUCAGCUACUGUCUCAACUCUCCAGAAGCCUCUUUCACUGUUGCGAUGCUUCAAAUUUGUCUUUUUGCAACCACAUACAUUUCUUACAGGGGGUAAACCAACUGGUAAUAUCACAGACUGAGCAAACCUUGUGUUGAUUUUCCUAAAUUUUGUGUCAUUUUCAUUGAAAAACUCGCUCAGAGCUGCCUGCAGCCUCAUCCAACACAUGCUUUUCUCACGAGUUUAUUUUUACCAUCCAACAUUUUAGCCUAAAGCCUAUUUGUUGACACAGCAACUGCUUUAAAGACUUCAGUGAUUGAAUAUCUGGUAAAAUCUUUUAUCAAAAACUGAUCUACAGUGUAGUUAAUAUGGUUUUAGUUUCUUGUUACUUGGUUUUUCACAAUAAAACGCUUGUUUUGGAGUGUUUGUGUAAAACAUGAUUAGUUUAACCUCUCCAGUGGGGACAUGUACACACCCAGGGGUUUUACCAUUUAUUUUCCUGAAACUCCAACAUAGAUUUGUGGGGAAACAAAGUAAUAAUAAUAAUAACUUUUAAAAAAGUGCUUUGACAUGUAGUCAUAGAGAACAUGGAAAAGGACAGAUAAAAACAAAAGCUUAGAAAAAACAGAACUGAAGGCCAUUUUCAUGUCAUAAGGAACCCAGAUAAUACAAGAACCAUGCAACAUAAAAUGAGACCAUGAGGACCAAAAUGAAAACAUAAAAUAGUUAAGAAGUAAGGAAAAUGAAAGCAGAAACAGGAAAUUAAGAAUAAAAAGCAAUAUCAACAAUGACAAUAACACAAAAGUGUUCAACUAAACAUUGCAGGGUGUGGUAUGAGUGUUUUAAGCUUGUAUCAGCUUUAUUGUCACAGUGAAGGCUUGCUGACAUAUGCAGAUGUUUUUAUGCUACAUGGAAGUGUAUGCAUGCACCUCACAAUGCACGGGCAAAUUUUUGAUUCUUAUGUUGUUUUGCACUAAAUUCCAAUAAAAAAAACAAACAUCUGCAGGUUAAUCAAUAGUCUCAAAUAACGUGUUUUAAUACACGUUGAGACACAAUGUGGCAAUUUAUGUCACACAUAACACUUCCAGCGCUCUUGCACAGUCACACUGUUACCUAAAAUGUAACACUGUCCACGCAGAACCCAAGCGGGACUCCUCUCACUGCUGGCAUUGUCGCGCUCCAAGUCAAAAUGGGCGUGCAUGGUUACUGUGCGAUAAAUCCUUGAUUGACAGCUCAAAUUCACAACCCAGCCUUGUCGCCCCGCCCCUUAUUAGGUCAACCAAACGAACUGACCAAUGGCCUGCUUUGUCAGGAGGGGCUAUAUCCAGAAACCACGCCCCCUGCUACAGCCAAACCGAACGGAGAUUGUUUUCCUCUCUCGGGGAGAUUUUCACUUUGCAGCCCCGUAGCUUGAAUUGUUUAUUUUAAAAUCACACGCCACUGAUAAGUUGCUUUGUGCACUCACUUGUGGACUCUUUACAGCCAGGAAUAUAACGAUUAAAACACAAUCUUUAACGGGAUUACUAAAGCUUCAUUCGGGGAUCAUCAGCUUGCUCUUUAGGAGAGGGGUGAGUUCAUUCAGCAAGCUAACACAGCUAAGCUACCCAUCAUUAGCAGACAGUUUGAGUCAAUCAUACGAGGGAUCGAGUUUUCCUUUGCCUGCCAAUCACUUUUAGUUAAACUGUGUAUGAAUAAUCAAUUUCAUCGCUUGCUUUGGAUUGCACGUUUCGACAUCAACAAUCGUCACCAGUUAGCUGCAUGUGGUUCCCUCUGCUAGCCCCCCAAACGGAGCUCGGUGUCGGGCUGCUCAUGUUGUUUACAUUAGCUAGCGGCUAACUGGCAGCACACAGUCCCUGACGACCAAACAUGUUGUUGGUGUUUAUUGAGAAAGAAUAAAGGGCGGGUUUUCUUCGAGGUCGGGUGGGCAGCUAGAAAACGACCAGGCUUGUUGCAUUUCGUGCUUACCUGUCUGAAAUGGAGGGUAAACGGCUGCUCUCCUGCGCCACGCUCUAAAUGGCGGGCGUGGGGGAAAGCGUCGUGCUGUAACUCGAGGUCGGUGCUUGUGUUGCCAGGCCAUAAACGGGGUGCUUGAAUCGCCGUAGUCGGCUAACUACUGUUAGCAUUUAGCACACAGAGAUGUUCAAAUCCCCUACAUGACUGUAACAUCACUAUUACAACUUUAGUUGAGGCUAUCUUUGAGUACUGAAGUGUCGCUGCCGUUGAUAGUGUUUCGGUUGAACCAGCGACCGUGUUAACUGGCGACUUUCAGCUGAAUGCGUCCGUGGUUGUCGUAGUUACAACAGCUGUUGAAACACGGAGAGAGUCACUGCAAAUGUCUCCUGGUUGGUUUUCAAUUCCACUAUCAAAGCAUACUCAUCGGCUAGACUUCCGAUGAAGAACCAAGAGGGAAUCAAGGAGGACAGCGGCGGUUGUAGCUACCACAACUCAUUCGACUGAGUGUCAGUAGUUAACAUGGUCACGCUUUUAACCGGAACACCGGCAACUGUUAACGGGUGAACUUUUAGUUUAACGGCGUCGCGCUGUAACAAAUACAAGUUUUCCACUCAUUAGUUGACUUUCACUCGAUACUUAAGUGUUAAAACAUAAUGAAAACCCCAGUGUUGUAUUUCUUCACUCACGCCUGUCUUGAGGAAGUUGUAAAUGGUGUAAAGUGCUUCGGUUGGCUCCCACUCUCACUCAGCACCUGUUUGUUGCAUCUGUGACGUAGGCAGCGUGUUGGACACGGCAAGUUUUGCAUUCAGUGCAUGUUAACAUUGAGAUGCAUUGCAAGAGGUGCUUCGUAUUAUUAGCCUCACAUGGUUGAGAGUUUGAGACAGGCACCCUGGGAAAGUGUGAUGUCAAUGCUGUGCUGUUAUUCUACUUAACCCAUUCCAAAAGAGCUGAGACCUUUCAAAAAAUGAUGAUUGAAAACAUAAUUUGAUGGGUCACAAAUCAUUAAAUUAAAAAAAAGUGCAGAGACAACAAAUUUAAUGUUAAAGCUUAAAUAAUUUAUUGUUUAAUUGCAGAUUAAAGGUCUUUUUUAAGUUUAAAAAAGUUGAGACAAGUGGGGAAAACACUGAAAAAGUGAUGUAAAUAAGAGCAAAAACCCACCUGCAGGACAUCUCCCAUCAGAUUAUGGUUUAUUUGUAACAGGUUACAUUUGUUUAUACACAUCACUAGGGUUGGGACAAUAUGCUUUUCUUCCGAUUCGAUUCUUCUACGAUUUUUUGGAUGCCAAUUCGAUUUAAGUUGCAAUUCUACGAUAUUGUCGAUUUUCUUGAUAUUUAACACCAGUGAAACAGUUGAAUGAUUAUGAUUGUCUACUGAAUAUUACAGGAAACAUAUUUCCCCCAAAAAGUACACAUCACAUGUAAGUCACCUCUUUACAUUUAUUCUAGAGCUGCAGCUAUUGAAUAUUUUAGUAAUCGAGUAUUCGACCGAAUAUUCUACUGAUUACUCGAGUAAUAGAGGUACUGGAAGAAUCGUUUCAGUCCUAAUUUAUUCUUAAAUUUGAAAAAAAAAAGAUUUUUUUAACAUAAAAAUUGAUUUAAAAAUUGUAAAACAAAAAAUCGCGAUACUUACGUGAAUCGAUAUUUUUCUCCCACCCCUACACAUCACACUUGUUUAUACGAAAAGGCAUUCACAAGUCAGAUGUCAUAAAGAAGCGGUCCACCACUCUGUGAGAAACUGCGUGAACAAAUAGCUCAACAACUUCAAAAUAAUGUGUCAUGGAAAUUGGGAGUUGGUUCAUCUACUGGACAAAGAGAAUCUGGAGAAACCUGUACAAAACUAGUGCUGACCUUUUGGCUCUCAGGUGGGACUGCAUUAAAAACAGGUAUGGUUCUGGAGUAGAAGUCAUUCCCUGUCUGUGAAAACAGCUUGUUGCUGCAUCUACAUAUGUAGGUGUGUACUAUAGAAAGAGUACGAUCUAUCCAUGCGCUCAUAUUGUUGCUUCUCACUCUCAGUGGCGACGUUGCGGAUCUUUUGUUUCCUUUGCUGCGGCGUGAAGUGAAGCAGCAGGUCUGGGGCUGAUAAGCACAUCUCUCAUGUACACAGAUAUGGCUGGAGAGCUAUUAUAAGACACUUGAAGUCAGUCUGCAGUGACGUGCACAGACUUCUGCAGCUCCACACAACCAAGAAACAAUAACAUAAACCAAGUUCUGCAUGCACCACCACAAGCCUGUAAGUCAAAACAGCUCCAAGAAUUUCUACCCCGGGCAUGCUCAUGCAGCUGAAAAAAUCAGAGGCUUCCAUGGCUGCAGGCUGAGUGACGAUGUUAACAUCACUUUUAAAAGCCGCAGUGUAGAAGUGGCUAGCUGGCAGAGUGCGUGUCCAUAAAUUUACAGUGAAAGUGUAACAAUCAUUUCCACAUGUUCCCGGGGAAAUUAUUGAAAGACAUCAAGAAUUUGAUUUAAUGUAUUCUGAUGACUUGACAGAGGUCUGCCAGUUUGAAAUGGGAUCCAUAUGCUCCUUCCUCCCAGGUCUCUCAGCUCUUCCGAGUAUGAGUUCAUAAUGAAGCGGCGUCUGGAGGAUCAGGAAACGGUUUUUGCGUCCCAGCAGCGGCGCCUCGCUGGCAACGCGGAGGCUUUCCAGCAUCGGGUCCUGGCCCCUGCUCCAGCCCCGGCUGUGUAUGAGGCAGUGUCUGACAACAUGCAGCCCACAGCAGGCGUCCAGUACUCCGUCCCCCAGGGAUACCAGGUAUUUUCCUGCCCGUCCUCUGCUGCUCUGUUCAACUUGAAUGUGUUUGAGAGUUUAGGUCAAGUUGCUUGAUGUUGUCAUUUUUACAUGAGAACUUAACUUUAAUGAUACAGUGACAGUGCUAAUCAUCUCUCUUUACCUGUGCUUUUACGCGUCUCUGUUUGCCCAGGUUCCCACUGUGGCCCAGAAUAGCGGAGGGCAUGGACAUGCUCCAAGCCCAGCUGUCCACAGCGGGUCUCACCACCACAGCCCGGCAGUCCAGUCCCAUGGGCCCUCAGUGAUGUCAGGGCAUAGCCAUACAGCUGCUCCUCCAGCCUCUGCACAGGGCCAGCAGCAGUUCCAGAGGCUCAAGGUUAGUCGACCUGUUUCAUUUUGGAGGUUUGUCACAGAGUAAUACCCCACUCACGUAUUCUUCUUCUUUAUAGCCUGUGAAAAGGAUGGUUUGUUUGUGUUUAAAUUGUAAAAGCUGGAUUAUGUGUUUUUAAUCCCUUGUACACUUUUCUCAGCAACACUUCUCUUAUUAUAAGAAUGUUUAUGUACAAAACAAACCCACAUAUCGCUGAUGGUCCCUCUUUUCUCCUGAAGGUGGAAGAUGCUUUGUCCUACUUGGACCAAGUGAAACUGCAGUUUGGCAACCAGCCUCAGGUCUACAAUGACUUCCUGGAUAUUAUGAAAGAGUUCAAGUCCCAAAGGUGAGGGCAGUGUUUGAUAUUACAGAAAGAUAAUGUGAAUUAUGAGGAUGCAAAACCGACAGAAGCUGAAUUUCUGGGUCAGAGUGUAUAUUUGAAAGAUUAAGCGGCCUCUUUUGCAGCCAUGCACAACUUAUGUACAAAAUAAAGCACAAUUGAAACUAGUGUCACACGCUUUAACUUUAAUUAGAAGUAUAAGGUUGGUAGUUAAUGCAAGAAAGAUGGCAUCCUGUUGAUAGAUUGGAGAAUUUAGAUAUGAAGAAGCCAUGACAGACCCACCAUGUUUAGCAGCAUUAAAGCUCAAACUGCGGCACAGAGGGGAGAGGACGGUGGAGAGGGGAGGGAAAUCAGAUCAGCAGUAACAAGGUUACACAAGAGCAACCUUCACAGAAAUCUUUUGACCGGUGUGCCCGCGUAUCAAGUAUCACUCCUUGGACUCUGCAGUAGCUCAGACUUCUGAGACUUGAUAAUAUCAUCAUAACACCACAGUUUAAUAACAGAGAAAUAUCAACCCCAAAACCAAAGGGUGCCUUAGAACCGAUAACAAACACUGGUGUCUAAUUAAUACAAAGAAAGGAUUAAAAAGUACAAAACAUAAGUAUGGUGGACGAAAAAUGAGCAAAUCUUACAUAAAAUCAACAAAAGACAAUAUGACUUCUGAGUUUAUAUCUGCUGUGUUGUAAGCAGGAGACAGAGUAAACAGAGAGCAGAUUGUUUGCAUGUGCAGGUGUUUGUUUAACCGUGACAAACAGAGACAAUACUCUGUUAUCGUGAGCAGGUUAUUAGAAUAACUACAGUACUGAAGACACAAACACAGCUAUCAGAGCCGACAGACAGAUGAUCCAGAAGUGAUCCGCUUCCAAAGGGGCUGAACUUUCAGACCUGACCACCAGGACGGAUUUGACUUUCUUCUUCCUGUUUUUGUUUUCAGUAUCGACACCCCUGGGGUCAUCAGCAGAGUGUCACAACUUUUCAAAGGUCACCCUGACCUCAUCAUGGGCUUUAACACCUUCUUGCCUCCCGGCUACAAGAUCGAGGUCCAGACCAACGACCUGGUCAACGUGACCACCCCUGGUCAGAUCCACCACAUCACCCCGCACGGCAUUUCAGUCCAGAACAUCCCCAUAACAGGAGCAGCCACCCAACACCAAGCCCAGCCCCCGUCUGCUGCAACCACCACAGCUCCACCCCUUUUGACACAGCCAACUCCUGCCAAGAUGAGCAAGGUGAGAAAGUCAGAGUGGGCAGUAAUCCACAAACACCGAAAAGCCAGUUUAAAGCACUGGUUCAGGUUUUCAGGAAAAGUUUUGUGUAUUCUCUAAAACUUCCACUCUGUGUUUUUUUCGCAGCCUCUCCAGCCUCAGGCGUUAACACCAAGCAGUCAGAGCAAUCCGUCCAUACCUGCGUACACCUCUCCUCGCUCCCCGCCCAUGCAGCUCCAUCCUCCACUCAGCGGCACCCCCACCGGGCCACCCAUCCAAAACAACCAGCCUGUGGAGUUCAACCACGCCAUCAACUACGUCAACAAGAUCAAGAACCGCUUCCAGGGCCAGCCCGACAUCUACAAAGCCUUCCUGGAGAUCCUCCACACAUACCAGGUCAGUCACUGCAACUCAAACCCCAGUCAAAGAGCAAAGCAACCUGGAAACCAUAGCAACAGUUUUCUAAAAACACCUCUCCUAUUUUCUGUUUCCUCCCUGAAAUUCUGAAAUGUAAACAGAAAGAGCAACGUAACGCUAAAGAGGCUGGUGGGAACUACACACCGGCUCUGACGGAGCAGGAGGUCUACGCUCAGGUGGCGAGACUCUUCAAGAACCAGGAAGACCUGCUGUCAGAGUUUGGUCAGUUUCUCCCUGAUGCCAACAGCUCAGUGGUGAGUAAAGUGUCCAUAUUGAGGGUUCCUAAAAAGGAAAAAGGGUAUUUAUGUACCUUUGUCUAAAUCCCUGUUGUGUAUUUUCUGUAGCUGUUGAGUAAAACCACAGCAGAGAAGGCGGAGUCUGUGCGAAACGACCACGGUGGUACCGCCAAAAAGCUCCAGCUCAACAACAAGCAGAGGCCCAAUCAGAACGGCUGCCAGAUCCGUCGUCAUCCAACACCGGGGGCCACACCCCCUGUCAAGGUACGAGCCUGCAUGCUCACAGCUGCACACUGUGAUUGUUGACGUUUGUGGUUUCAUGUCUCUAAUGUUAUGGUUCCGGCGUGUUUCUGUCCCUGUGUUGGUGUUGCUGCAGAAGAAGCCCAAGUUACUGAAUUUGAAAGACUCCACGGUGGCGGAGGCCAGCAAGCACGGAGUUGGGACAGAAUCUCUGUUCUUUGAGAAGGUGAGGACUGAGUUUUUUCAUUUCAUUAAUCACAUGAGAAGACUACGAUCACAAAAAGCAGAGCAGUGACUGAAGUCAAAGUGAACCCUGUUUUCUUACUGAAUGCGCUAAUAUUCCAGCUCUAAACUGUGAAAAUAUUGUUCAUUUUAAUCUAUGUCCACUCAGCUCCACAACAUUGUCUCAUUGUUUCCUGCCACAGGUGCGUAAAGCCUUGCGAAGUGCAGAGGCCUACGACAACUUCCUGCGAUGUCUGGUCAUCUUCAACCAGGAGGUCAUCUCCAGAGCUGAGCUGGUGCAGCUGGUGCUGCCCUUCUUAGGGUGAGUGCUCGGUCUCCUCAGCUGGACAUUAGAUUAAUAUUAUACAUUAUCAAUAUCAUUUACACAUCAUUCUCUUUGUUUUGUUACACAGAAAAUUCCCUGAGCUUUUCAACUGGUUUAAAAACUUCCUGGGAUAUCGGGAAAUGUCCCAUAUCGAGACGUACCCUAAAGAGCGAGCCACCGAGGGCAUCGCCAUGGAGAUCGAUUAUGCUUCCUGUAAGAGACUUGGAUCCAGUUACAGAGCUCUGCCAAAAAGCUACCAACAGCCCAAGUGCACCGGCCGGACUCCUCUUUGUAAAGAGGUAAGACGAGGAAGAGUGAAGAGUGGACGCUGUGAAGUGGACUCUGUGUCUGAACUCUAGAAUACCGGAACUCCAGUAAUCUGAUCAAAACUCCUCCGACUGGUUUCUCUAAGAAAAUGUGUGAAUUUUUGAUUGUGGACGUAAGACGUGACCUUUUUCUUCUCUAUGGUUUCUAGGUCUUAAAUGACACCUGGGUCUCCUUCCCCUCCUGGUCUGAAGACUCCACGUUUGUCAGCUCCAAAAAGACCCAGUAUGAGGAGCAUAUCUACAGAUGUGAAGAUGAGCGAUUUGAGGUGAGCAGGAACGUUAAACACGCAUGACUUCUGCGUUGGUUGUCGGACUUGUACAUUUCUCUUUGUCAGGACUUACAGAUAGAUCCCAAUAUUCAGCAAAAGUUCCAUUAUCUAUAUUUUCAGGAUAUUCUAAGUUGAUGAGAUAGUCCUGUAGGCUUUUGUCCCGUUGUAUGAGAAUAUAAUUAAAAUAAAGGGCGAGGAGCGCGCUGAAAAGGAUGCUAAGACCGCUGUGACGUCUGUCCACAGUUGGAUGUUGUUCUGGAGACGAACCUGGCCACCAUCAGAGUCCUGGAGACGGUGCAGCGGAAGUUGUCCCGCAUGUCUGCAGAGGAGCAGGCCAAGUUCAGAUUGGACAACACGCUGGGCGGCUCCUCGGAGGUCGUACACCGCAAAGCCAUCCAGAGGAUAUACGGCGACAAGGCGCCGGACAUCAUCGAUGGCCUGAAGAAGAACCCCGCCGUGUCUGUUCCCAUCGUGCUGAAGAGGUCAGAUCAGGAACAUCUGCUCCAGAUCUCAUCUGUUUUCUCUCAUGAUUGUCAUGAGCUGAUCAGUACUUUAGUAAAUGGAAAUAAUGUGAUUGUUCUUUGAGUAAAUGCUGAAUGUAGUUUUGAAAUAAUGGCUUGUUGGAAAGUAGGUUGGAAACAACUCGUGCUUUUAUAAAAAGAAAGUCUCCUCGUCCAAUCAGGUUAAAGACGAAGGAGGAGGAGUGGCGGGAAGCCCAACGAGGCUUCAACAAGAUCUGGAGGGAGCAGAACGAGAAGUAUUACCUCAAAUCUCUCGACCAUCAAGGCAUCAACUUCAAGCAGAACGACACCAAAGUGCUUCGAUCCAAGUCCCUGCUGAACGAAAUUGAAAGCAUUUACGAUGAGGUAGAUUUUCUCCUUUUGCACAGUUAUUCAAACCUCUGCUCUCAACUAGCUAACAAAAAUUGUUUUGCCUUGCAGCGUCAGGAGCAGGCAUCUGAGGAGAACGCCACUCCACCCACAGGCCCCCACCUGACGCUUGCGUACGAGGACAGCCAAAUCCUGGAGGACGCCGCCGCUCUCAUCAUCCACCACGUCAAGCGGCAAACCAGCAUCCAGAAAGAAGACAAAUACAAGAUCAAGCAGAUCAUCUACCACUUCAUCCCUGACAUGCUCUUCUCCCAGCGAGGCGAGCUCUCUGAUGUAGAAGAGGAGGAGGAAGAAGAAGACAUGGACCUGGAGGAAGGCGCUUCCAAAAAGCACAACGGCGUCCCCGGCAGUGGUAGCCCCUCCAAGUCCAAGCUGCUGUUCAGCAACACGGCGGCGCAGAAACUGCGAGGCUGCGACGACGCCUACAACCUUUUCUACGUCAACAACAACUGGUAUAUCUUCCUGCGGCUGCACCAGACGCUAUGCUCGCGGCUGCUGCGGCUGUACGGGCAGGCGGAGCGGCAGAUCGAGGAGGAGGUCAGAGAGCGAGACUGGGAGAGGGAGGUGCUGGGGCUGAAGAAGGAGAAGAACGACAACCCGGCCAUCCAGCUGAGACUAAAGGAGCCCAGUGAGUCCAACAAAACAGACUUGUUUACUCCUCUCUGUGUUUUCCUUUCAAAUGAAACCACACCGGUCUGUUUAAUUCCUUUAUAAGACAAAAUAAAUCCUGUUUCCUCUGACUUUAAGCCACAUUCCUGCGCUUUAACACAUAAUUCACAUUCCUCUUUUUUUCACGUCUGAGAGAAAAUCUCAGAAGUAUUUAAAAAAUGUUUGAAGACCGAUUAACAACGAGAAAGUCUGCAAAAGAACGAACAAAGCUGUAAGGACAGUAACAGACGAAGAAGAAGAAGAGCUCCUGAUUGUCCUGAUCGCUCACCUUCUGUUAUUGUUUCCUCUUUCUUUAGUGGACAUCGAGGUGGAGGAUUACUACUCCGCCUUCCUGGAGAUGGUCAGGAAUUUACUGGACGGGAACAUGGAGGCCUCUCAGUACGAGGACUCUCUGAGGGAAAUGUUCACCAUUCACGCUUACACCGCCUUCACCAUGGACAAGCUCAUCCAAAGCAUCGUCCGGCAGGUUUGUACAGUGUUGUAUGAAGUACGAAACAAAUAUACUUGAGUUGAAGUCAAGUUACUUUCCCAGAAAAUGACUCAAGUAAAAGUGAAAGUCUCCAAUAAGAAUUCUACUGGAGUCAAAGUCUUAAAGUAUCAAAAGUACUCAAGUAAAUGUACUCCAAGUAAAAGUAAAAAGUCAAGAUUUUAGGUGGGUGCAAGCAACAGCUUAGAAAAUAAAAUGGACACACACACAGAGGGGGACACACCACCAUUCAGGAGAAACAAUAGUGCGUCCUCCUACAGUAAGGGGGGGAACUAAGGACAGAGGUUGGGCAUGACGAGAACCAUCAAACAGACACUGGACAUUUAGGUGGGUGUAAGCAACUGCACAGCCCACAAGCGGCUGCAAACAUGCCCUAGUUUGAGUGACUGAUUGACGAUGAUAAAGCACAAUGCAAAUCAACAUUUGGUUAAAGUGAGAAAAGGUUUUUCCACCUACCCUCUGUCAUAGUAACAGAGUAAAAUUAGUAGUAACGAAGAUGCGUCUGUGAAAUGUAGUGGAGUAAAAGUAUACUUUUAUUUUUUAGAAAUGUAGUGGAGUAAAAGUCGAGGGCACAAAAAAAACUCCCAUAAAGUACAGAUACUUCAAAGUUAUACUCAUGUACUGUACUUAAGUAUUGCUACUUAUUUACUCUACAACAAUGGAUUUGUACCAUCACUGCAAUCAACAUAAACCAACACAAACUGCAGCAAGUUAUUAAGAUGUAAAACCCCAAUGAGUCUCAGGCAAACACAGUGGGUCCAUCCAAGCUUACCAGCUACCUGUGCUGCUGCAACAGUUAUAAGCAGGAUGGCAUAAACAGAUGGUACUGUAGGCAAAGCAUCACAGCUGAACAGAAACCACAUGUUGUGGACUCUACACUUCCAAAAGGUUUCCCUCUGGGAGCCCCUGUUAACAGACCUCUCUGUGUGAAGCGUUAGAACUUACAGCUCAGAUUUUUUGUAGAAUUUUCUUGGCAGUCAGAUUUAUCCUCUGCUGGUUCAGUGGGGGAAAAAAGUCACCUUUCUGUAAGAGGCAGUCUUCCAAUCCUCUCUCUCCACACAGCUCCAGCACAUCGUAAGCGAUGAGAUCUGCGUCCAAGUGACGGACCUCUACCUCUCUGAGAGCACCAACGGAGCCAGCGGGGGAGCCAUGUCCACCCAGUCCUCAAGGAGCUCUGCAGAAUCCAUCUACCAGCGGAAAGCCGAGCAGCUCAUGUCUGAUGAGAACUGCUUUAAGGUGAGCACAAAGAAGCUGCAGAGAAAAAUACAUGAAACCACAUUUCACCUCCAGGCUGCAGGAGCCGUUGCUGUAAUUAAUCCAGAUUUCCCAUCACCCCCUGCCAGCUGAGACCACGAGGAUUUCUCUCGUUGGUUUUUGAUUUGAAUUCUCUGCUUGGGUGUGUUUGCAACCAAUUAAUCUUCUCUACACCUUUCUACAUAGUGAAAAAUUCAGAUAUUAUGUGUGGAAUACAAGCAGUGCUGUGUGCAGUUAUCUGUUUGACAAAACCACAUUCAUCAGUGUCAGAUCAUCUUGUCCCUUAGCAUCUACGCUGUCAGAAAUGUCAGCUAUUUAGCUCAGUCCAUGAGGGAACUAAUCCCGCCUUUGAGUCUCAGUAGUGCAUCCUUGUCUGUCUAAACAGGAGUUUGUGGUUCAUCUGGGGAAUAAAUUACAGGAAAGGAAGUCCACCUGCUCUAACAGGACUCUAAAUAAUGACACAAGGCAGCUGUGAUGAAAACAUGGAGGAUACUUUCUUGAAGCUGUUUCUCUUUCUUUGUUUUCACUUAUUCAGAAGUUAAAAGUUAAAGCAACAUGACUGAUAAUAAUGGCUUCAAUUUAACCAUGAUAUCUUGUAGGGGUGGGAAUCAACAGUUGCCCCACGAUACGAUAUAUUAUCACGAUACUUGGGCCACAAUACGAUAUUGCGACACUUGGGCCGAGAUACAAUAUUAUCACGAUACUUGGGCCACGAUAUGAUAUUAUUGUGAUACUUGGGCCAUGAUACGAUAUUAUCACGAUACUUGGGCCACGAUGAGAUAUUAUCAGGACACAAUGUUUUCAUGAUACUUGGCCACGAUGAGAUGUUAUCCCGAUACUUUGGCUGCGGUACGAUAUUAUCACGAUUUUUAACAUUUUGCAUACAGUGAGUAUUGCAAUACAAUAUAUUGCGAUUUAUACAAUUUUUUUAAACUGUUUAGCUAAUUUAGUAUUUGUCUUUCCUUUAUGUUUGUCGUAUUUACACUGUAUUUUAUUUUCAUUUAGCACAUCUUGCAAACCUCAUAUAUAUAUUUGUUGUACUAACUUCUCCUGCUCUAUGAUGUCACCUCUGCAAACCUCAUUGGACAAACAGUUGAUCUUAUUUUUCCAUUAUCAUAGAUUUGACUUCACAUUAUGAAUUAAUUUUAAAAAAUCGAUACUUUGUAAAUGAGACAAUACUAUAUAUCACCAGACAACAUGUAGCGAUACCAUGUUGUAAUGAUUUUUUUCUCCCAUCCCUAAUAUCUUGCCCCUGCAGCUCUCUGAUUAUCACCCUCUGAGCCUUCAGGACAUCCUGAUUAUUUUUACCGCCACGCUCCGCUGUUAUCGCCACUGAGUUAAUUUGUGUCUGUCACUUUCCCAGGUGAUGUUUCUAAAGAACAGAGGGCAGGUGCAGCUCACCGUGGAGCUGCUCGACACGGAGGAGGAGAACUCAGACGAGCCCAUGGAGGCCGAGGUAAGACAUUUCACUGAAUACUAAAGGUCCAGUCAUAGAGCAAAGAGUUUCUGAGUGCAAAAUCAACAGGACCCUAUGGGCUCAAAAUCACCCUAAAAAACAGUGAUGGGAUGUAUGAGUGCUCACAACAUGGCUCAUUUGCAUAUCUCAUAAGUUCCCAUUAAUGCUGAACAGUAUAAACAGGUAAUGGAAACGUAUUCUGACACACAGAUUUGAUUAGAUUGUGUUUUUAGGGGAGACUUUGCAGAUUUCAGCGAGACAGCCCCAAAAUACACCCUGCACUGAGUACAUCAGCAUAGCUCUGUUUAACAAGAGUCAAAAUGUCAAAAUGCACAGAAAGUAAGAAUGAAAUUGUCAUUAUUGGCUCCAGCAUUGGUGCGUUUGAUCACUGUGCAUCUUAAGGUCAUACUGUCUCUUAAACUAAAAUCACAGAAUUCGGUCCAACUGUCACAGAGAAACUAGUCUUGACACGGUGCCAGUACAUCCACGGUGCUGGUGUCAGAUUCACUGAGUUCAACUAGUUUUUUGUGUGUGUGUGUGCAGCGCUGGUCUGAUUACGUCGGGCGCUACCUGAACUCAGAUUCCACCACGCCUGAGCUGAGGGAACAUCUCGCCCAGAAGCCUGUUUUUCUUCCGAGGUAAGGCUUUGUUUUUCUAAAUUUAGGACAUCCUGAUCUGUUUUUUUAAAUAGUCAUUGUAAUGUUUAUUAACACAUUGUAUCACAGUGUUUGAUAGGCACAUCUAACUCAUCUUUUCUCAUGAAUAUCAAACGCAAAAGUCAAGUGUGACUCUUUUAAUCCGAUGAUCUUCUGACGUAUUCCUGCCCUUAUUAGCCUCUCUCAUCUCCUUUUGUGUUUUCAUUGAAAAUCAGGAAUCUGAGACGGAUCAGGAAGUACCAGAAAGGCCGAGAGCAGCUGGACAAAGAGGCCUGCGAGGGAGGCAAGAAAUCCCUGGAGAAGGAGAAAAUGGAGUGCAUGUUUAAACUCAACUCUUACAAGAUGGUCUACGUCUUUAAGUCGGAGGAUUACAUGUACCGACGCACCGCCCUGCUGCGAGCUCACCAGGUACCUACAGCGCCAGAUAGAAAUACAAUUUACCGUCACAUCAGUCUGAUCAGUAGUUCUGGUCCCUUUUUAUACAAAAAUGUCUUCCUCUUGCUGGUUUCCACAAGGUUGCCUGGAUAUAAUUAUUAUUAUUAUUGUUAUUAAUCAAAAUGCUAAUACAAGUUUAGAUUUAAUUUCUGCACAGGCAGCGUGAUGAAUAUUCUUGAUAAGUGUCUGUCUUCUUCUUCCUCAGUCACAUGAGAGGGUGAGCACGCGGCUGCACAAACGCUUCCACGCCUGGGUGGAGGCGUGGGUCAAGGAACACGUCACCCGCGACAUGAACAGUGAGACCAACAAGUGGCUAAUGGGCGAAGGGCGAGACGGCCUCCUACCCUGCACCACCAGCCGGCACCCGGAGGUCCUUCACUUCAUGAACAUCAACAAAUACCGCGUCAAGUACGGCGCACCCAGCAAGGCGCCGUAGCCGAGGAGGAUCAGAGAAAAAGAGAGAGAGAGAGACUGAUUUCUCAGUGUUUGGUCUCAAGUCACACAGGUCAGGAGUCUAGAGGUAGGGACGAGGGCUCGUUCGCGUGUUUUUAAAGCCCACAUGGGAGCACAAUUAAGCUAGCUACCGUGUGUGUUGCACCCGGGGCGGCAGGAUUACUGAUUUUACCAGCGUUUUUAGCUGGGCCCAUUUUUUCACAGGGCCUUCGGUGCCAAAACUUAGGAAUAGUCCUGAUCCAGUCACAGACCUGAGCUCGUACCAGCACUCGGAGCCACUUCUCAAACAAACUUCCCUUGAGCCUUUUUGUGUGUGUGUUUUUGUUUUUUUGUUGUUUUUUUUACAGCAGGGCUUAGCGAUGAAGACAGUGAGCCCGUGAGAGGUAGAGUGGUGCUUUUUGUACUUUAUCACAACUGAGCUUUGGUUUAGUUUUCCGACUGACUCAUCGGUCUGAAGCCAUCAGAGUAAUAAGAGAGCAGGGACUUGUUGUCAGAAGUGUUAUUCUAAAGUAUCAAUGGAGAACAAUACGGUGGACAAGUGCACUUAUUUAGGACGAAGAACACGCGAUCUGUUGAGGUUAGAUUCCCAGAUUUGAAGGUUUUGGAAGGGAGCACAACCGAGUCUGAGAGAUCUGGUUCAGACAUUCCUGCGUUGAGGCCAAAUCACAAUAAUGUAUCUCUCACUAGACGGAAAGAGGGACGCGUUCUCGUUUUUCCGAAACACAUGGCAGCAUUAUUAUUAGAAACUGUGCCUGAGCUCCAAACAGUAUUGUCGGGUUAACAUCCAAAAGCACUGUCGCAUUUCUGUAAAAAAACAAAAACAAAGAAAAGACAAAAAAAUUAGCUUCACAACACUGUUUGGUCUCAGACUGUAAAACUGUAUAGCUUGUGAAUGUCAGAUACUGACAUGUAUUCCAGUGUAUGUGUUGUGUAUAUAUAUUAUAUAUAGUUCUAUUAACACAAAUGAUCCUCGCCGCCCUGAGUGACAACCUUUUAAAACUGCCCUCCGCCAAUACACCAGCUUGUACACACACACACACACAAACACACAGACACACACGCUCAUUCUGGGAGGACUGUCCACACGCCGCUCACUUUGUAAAUACACUGUACAUAGUCUCAGACUUUUUAUGACAGAUCUGUGUUGUUGUGCUAGUAAUACUUUCCAAGCUUACUGUGGACUUUAGUGAUAAAUGGCUAAAGUUAGUAUGUAUAUGAAAAAGACAAAUGCAAGACCAUUUAUUACAGUUUUUACCAAAGGGAGUUGAUUAUAAAAAAAAAAAUAGCUGUUUUCCCCCCUUUGUGAGUUCCUUUAUGUCUUUUCUUUUUAAUUUCUGUAGUAAACACGUGGAAAAGUAGAAAUGUAUCCAGGUCUUUCCGUUUUUAUAUAAGAAAAUCACUUUUUUUUCCCUCUCUCCUCUGAAUGUGACAUUCGGUUGGUUCAAAUCACUGCCCCUCCUUUCUGAAACACCGUCCCGUGUUGAUGGUGGGACUCAUUUCAAAGUUCAGUCUCUAAACGAACGGACUUCACGUCGGUCUCACCCUGUGAUGCACGCCUCCUUCCUCCCUGGAUAGAUUUCUGCUGCAAACUUCACCCCACACCAUAUUUUUGAUAAUGGAAGAAGUCACUCGAGCAUGUCUUUAGUCCCUUUAUUUAGACAUUAUUUAAAGUAAUAAUAAAAAUGACAUUUGUAGCCUACGGAG